AUGAGCUUCAGCGCUAUGUGUCCUCACAAGAUAUUCCCCAAGAGUUUGGUUCCCAUGAAAUAUAUAACUCAUAAUAUAUCGGAAGACUGUCUGACACUAAACAUCUGGACACCAGAUAUUCGGCCAAAAACCCUACGAACUGUAAUGGUUUGGAUACAUGGAGGGGCUUUCCAGUAUAAUACGGCUAAUCUCUAUGAUACAGACGGUAAGGUACUGUCUACAUAUGGGGAUGUGGUGGUCGUUUCUAUCAACUAUCGUAACGGAGCCUUAGGUUUUCUAAACAUUCAAACACCUGAAGCUCCGGGAAAUAUGGGUAUCUAUGACCAGUCACUGGGUUUGAAUUGGGUUAAGGAUAAUAUCCAACAAUUCGGUGGCGAUCCCAACAAAAUAGUGCCCUUUGGUCAGAGCGCCGGUGCGAUCAGUGUUGGGAUAUUAAUGGCAUUGAAUUCAACAAAGAAUUUAUUCACGAGAGCCAUAACCGCCAGCGGAGGGGCUCUAUUGCCCGGUAUAUUGAACUCAAAAACCGUACAAAACGGGUAAAUAUUACA